AUGGACAAAGAAUCCAAAAAGCGUGGGAAGCGGUCUCAAGUUGGUCCAUUAGAUGGACAUGAAGGAAAUACAUCUUUUGAGCUUGACAUAGCCUCAGACAAAACUCCUCAGCAUCAUCAUAACAGUGUGGAAGCCCCUGAAAUGUUUAAAGUCCUAGAUACAUUUAGAGACCAUGUCAAGGAAACGAGCCGAAAAAGAAAUGCUAUUGUUGCCAUAGUGGACGCCAAGAAGAGCCUGUCAAAAUGGCGAUCUUAUGCUACAUCGAAACGGGUCAGGGAACGCAAAAAUCAUUUCUUAGGACCUACGUUUAGUGGGGGUGUGGGAUCAGGGGAAGAAGAGAAUGAGGAGCGCCACUCAGGAGGAAUCGGAUUGGACGAUAUCGAAGAUCAAUUUGUCAAGAAUGACGAUGUUGUUUCUUCUGUAUUUGGUAUCCAAAAGAAUGGGGCCAAAAGAAUGUCAACCGCGAGCAAUAGGUCGCUCAUAGAUUACUUUGCUAAAUUGGGAAGAUCAACAAAUCCAGCAGAAGUGAUUGAUCUAGAUUUUGUAGAAACUUUGCUGAAAAGUGGUGCCCAGAUUAAUUGUACUGACAAACAUGGACAAUCCCUUCUUCACGAGGUGGCCCGAACUUGGCAUGUAGAUGUCGCCAAGUUUCUCUUAGAGCAGAAAGCUGAUGUCAAUUUGGCCGACAAAUAUGGACGCACUCCACUUCAUGUGGCAGCAGCUGUAGAUUACCCAGCCAUGGUGAACUUACUCCUAGAAAAUGAUGCUGAUAUCAAUGCGAAAACUAAGGUUGAAAAUCAGACCCCUAUCCAUUUUGCGGCUAAAAAUGAUGCAUGUGAAUCACUGAAGAUGCUGAUCAAUCACAACGCCAAUUUUGACACUGAUUUAGAUUUCAAAGGGAGAACACCUCUUCACCUUGCUGCAGAGCUUGACCGAAGUGAGAGUGCCCGCCUACUACUAGACAGGAAAGCCAGGGUAGGGAAUGCUGACCUGAAAGGAAACAAAAUUCUCUCCUGGAUGAUCAACAAGAUGCCUCCUGUGGCUUACGAUGCUUUGUCUCAGUAUCACUCUACUGACCGUCCCAACAGGAAGCAGUAUCUCUACCUCCACCUACUGGUACAGGACAGGGUUAUUGAUCCUAAUGGUGAAACCCAGAUUCCACUUCAAGUGGCUGUCAACUAUAAACAGUUUGAUUUACUGAUGCAUCUAGUGUUCUCAAGACUCAUCAAUAUUAUGUGGGUUCGCUUUGCAAGAUGGCGUGCCUAUCUCCAAUUCUUCUUGAACUUUGUGUACAUUUUAUUGUGGUCUGUCUUGGGAGUUAUGGUCGAGUACAACGAACGUCAUCACUACAUUCUGCCAGACCAUUGGUGGAGAAUUGUUCUACUGGUUGCCUGUAUAGCAUUCACCAUCUACCAGGUCGUAGAAGAAAUCAAUGAAUACAGACAGUCUGUUCGGCGACACAAGGCAUGGGAAAACAGAAGGAUGAAAGAUAUAGAGCAGGAUCUACAAUUCUGUCACCCACGCUGGCCUGAGGAAGAACUUUUCUUAAGGAGUGAGCUCAAAGAUUUGGAUAAAAUGUCUCCCAAAUAUUUCAAAGAUUACUGGAAUGUAUUUGACUGGGUAUGCUACGGUUUCCUAUUUUUUGUGAUAAUUACCCACAUCGUAGAUAUAAUACAUCACUCUGAAGACUUGGCGCGGUUACACAUCAGCGUAAUGGCUAUCACCAUCAUCCUGUUGUGGGUCAGACUUGCCAAAUCAGCUCGUCCUUUCUCACUCAUUGGACCUUUUAUUGUGAUACUGAGUCACAUGUUGAAUGAUCUGUUGAGAUUUGCCUUCCUCUACCUCGAAUUCUUCCUGCCAUAUGUGUGUGCCUUUUGGAUGAUAUUCGGCGGUACACGUGUGGCAUAUGAAGACCGGCAUGAUCCCAAUGCAAACGCCACCAUAACUGUCUCUGGCUUCGAAGACUUUAAUGCUGUUCUCUUCACUAUGUUCCGUCUGACACUGGUGGACGAAUACCAGUAUGAUGAUCUAAAGUUGAUCGACCCCAUCAUGACAGAUAUUUUGGUUGGAACCUGGCUGGCCUUGUCUGCUAUUAUCUGUCUCAAUCUGUUUAUUGCUCUCCUGUCGGACACCUUCCAGAGAGUGUAUGACAAUGCUCAGGCCAAUGCCAUUAUGCAGAAAGCAAUAACAUGCCUAGGUUUCUGGGACGGGAUGUCAAGUAAAGCCAGAAACCAAUUCUUAGACUACAUAGCCAAGGAGUGCUCCCCUCUACAGGAGUAUUAUGAUGAUGACAUGACAGAGGAGGGUGAAGAGGACAUGAAAAAAGUCACGAUACAGAUCAAGGAGGACUUGGAUGAGUUCAGAGAAAUGUUUGCUCAGAAAUUCCUCUCUGGAAGCUCAGAGAGUAAUUCAGAUAGUAAAGAGGACCAAGAGGGUCUGGUGACAACUAAAGCUCUACAGAAUGAGGUGACAUCACUACAGAUAAGUCUAGCAGAACUGAAGGAUUCACAAAAGAAAAUGCAACAGAAAGUGACAAAAGACAUGAACAUCAUAAAAACCUUACUUCUCCAGAUGGCUGGUGGUGGCGGAGGUAACCUAGCAGGGAUGGAAGGCCUGCUGGAGAUUACAGAUGAAGACACAGCUACUCUGUCAACAGACACCAGGAAACAUAAAGAAAAAUCAGGAGACAAAAAGAAGAAGAAGAAAAAACAUCAUUCUGAUUACAGCCUUUUGGAGUCAGAGACUCCAAUUCCUCCGGUGUCUGAUGAACGUCAUGUUGACGUUUCUUACCCAGAUUUCUCGGCAGGGAUUGUUCCUCAGGUUACAACAACUAGCAAGGGAACUUCACAGGAUCCAACCUCAGAUUGUUGAUGUACUUGACCACACUGAUGUUUGACCUGUUGUGGUUGAUCUGCUGUUACUCCCAUAAACUCCAACUAUGGAUAGUGAUAAGGUCUAUCAUAUACGUUGUACCAACCCAUCGUUUGUUGGAUAUAUAUCUGGUGUUUAGUGAUAAGAUUUAUUUAAAUAUGAUGUUAGAUUUACCAACAGUUCAGGGAUUGGAUCUGACAGCACCACAACUAUUGUCCUGACGAUCUGUACAUAACCAUUGAUAUUAUGCAGCACAAUUGUUGAGAUUGCUAUUUGUUAAUCGUGUCUGCUUGCCAGUCAUAGGCAAAAUGUAUUAUAUUCCUGUCUCAUAAAUCAAAACGAUCUGAUUUAUUUGGUGGCAAGUUUGAAUUUUUUUUUCGCUUUAAUAUUGUUUAUGGUUUUUAAUUGUUUUAUUAUGGAUUUCAGCAAU